AACCAACCUAGUGACGUCAUCGACGAGCGCCUCGGCUGGCCUUCGAGAUGGGCUCGACUUGUGAGCCUUGAUUUUUGUCAGACAUCUCUCAGCUUAUCAACUUCUCCCCCCUCCUCCAGCAACGUCUGUUCGCGAUGACAAUUGGAGGAGAGCCAUCAGCCGAAGUCAGCCAAAUGAUUUCAGAGCUGGCUCCGGUGCAGCCCGACUGACUUGCAAGUAUCAGCUCCUGUGCCGCACGGUGAAUAUACAUUCUUGGUCAGGGUGUUGCAAUGAAACCAGCUCAGGAGCGCAACCAGGAGUGCCUGCCUCCUAAGAAGAGGGACCUCCCUGUUAAUAACUGUAGUGGAGCUGCAGGGACGGCGGGAGCGGGAUUGGCCUUGGGCGGAGGCAGUACCAGUGGUGGCAGUAGUGGUGUUGGAGAAGAUGAAGUGGGUUCCAUCCAGAACUCUGCAGCCAACAGUGACUCUCAGGGUGGCCCUCCAUCUGGAGAGUGGCUACGAGCUCAGCCAGGACUUCACUAUGGAGUGGACACUUCUGAGAGCAUACCAGCAGUGCCAGUGGACCAAUACAGUAUGCUUUAUAAAGUGGCUCUACCAUCUGUUACAUACUCACCCACCAGUCCUCACCCAGUGUUAAGCCACAUCUCCCCAGCCUAUACUUUACAUUCUCCUCUCUUGCAGCACCCAGGCCUUCCCUAUCCUCCUUUGGGUUAUGCCCAGCUCCCUCAUUCUUCCCUGCAGUUUGUCAGCUCCCCGUAUGCAGCAGUACCCUACACGCUUCCCCCUGGCUUUGUCCCCGGUUCAUUAAUCUCCCCCUCUGGCGCCCUCACUCAGGCCCACCUCGUUCCUUACCCGUCUGUCAUCCAAGAAGGCGUGGUAUCCCCUCCUCCACAGGCUCAGGUAGCCGCUCAUACCUUUGCCAAAGUUUCAGCCUCCAGCGGCGUCCCACUGAUGUUGCCUUCAGAACAGACCACCCAGCAGCACCUCGGUACUGUCGGAGUCCUGUCCGCCGCAGAGCUCAACUCGCGGGGGAUGCCAGUCUUCUAUCACCCUCAGGGUUCCGCCAGAGCCACCGCCACCACCACCACCUCCUCCUCCUCCAGGGACCCCCACAGCAACCUGCUGGAAAAGGAGCGAGAGAUGAAUGGCAGAGUUAAGGAGCAAGUGGCCAGAGAGGUCACACCGGACCACCCCGGCAGGAAUGCACGUCUACAGCAGGGAGUGGCCAUCUCAGCAGCGCACGAGUCCAAUCAGAAACGCAGGCUGAGCUCACCAGGGCAGCGCAGCACACCAGACAGUGACCUGGAGGUGCAGCAGGUGGUGGGCAGUUUGGUCUCAUCCAGCAAAAGUGCUGUCGGAGGGCGCAAAGAGGUCUCCUUUGCCCCUUUGAAUCUCUCUCAGAAUGUGCAGAGAGUCAGAGAUGUCCAUGGAGAGACCACUUCUGGUCGUGCUGCAUACGUGGCUCAAUCUGUGAGCUACAGCGACCCCAGAGUGACAGGUCUCCAGCAGCAGCAGCAACAACAACAACAACAACAACCAGGGCAGCCUGCCCAUGCUGUCAUGUUAGCCAACGGGCAGCCAGUGUUAAUCCCUGUGGAGUAUCACCCACAUCAUCAGCCUCCAGCGGCGCAGCAGCACUAUUCAGCACAGGCUAAUGAUGGCUCUCCUAAGCCCAGCUUUAAAGCCUCAGAUCCUUCAUCCAGAUCGUGCCUCCCCGAGAGGGCUUUGGGCGAACCAGCAGCGGCUCAGCCGCUGCAGCCGGCUGUCCAGCCCCCUGCUGAGGUGACCCAGGCCUUAGCUUCCAGCACCGUCCCUGUCCCGGCUUCCAGCAACCCAUCGCACUUCAUGAAGGGAGCCAUUAUUCAGUUGGCCACCGGUGAGCUGAAGCGUGUGGAGGACUUGCAGACUCAGGACUUUGUGCGGAGCGCCGAGCUGAGCGGGGGGCUCAAGAUUGACUCCAGCAUGGUUGUGGACAUCCGUGCUAGCCAGCAGAGGCCCGGCCUUGUGACGCUUCAUUUUACCGUGGGGGAGAAGCAGAGCAAAGUGACCAUUGACGUCCCCCCGGAGCACCCCUUUUUUGUCUUUGGUCAAGGCUGGUCAUCCUACAGCCCGGAGCGCACCACCCAGCUGUACGGCUUGGCCUGCCAUCAGAUGCAAGUAGGUGACGUGUGCGUGUCCAUCACCCUGCAGCAGCAGAAAGCGGCGCAGCACCAUCACCCCCAACAGCAGAACCUGUCCAGGACUUUGAGCAAAACCACAACCGCAUCAGAACCCAGUCACCAGCUCAUGGGGCCACCUGCCCCGCAACAGUCACGUCCCCCUCAGGCUCAUUUGAGGAUAGAGCGCAUGCACAGAGACAGUACCAGGGAGGCCGACAAAGACAUAGGCGACAAGGAAGAAGCCACACACAUGGGGGGCGUCGGUCACCCCGAGCCCCCUAUCAGACCAAGUAGGACCUCAGGUGAGCACGCCAGAAGUCAGAGCGGCUACCAGUUGCACACAGACGCCUCUGCUUUCACGGGCGCGGCCAUGGGGGCCAUGCUGGGUGCUUCUCACAGGCGCUGGUCCUCUCCUGGUCUCCAAAGAUACAAUAUGAAGGGAGAGACAGGCACAUGUCCUCAAAUCAGCGCCUCUGGACACAUCCGGCCCUCGUUUAUCCCCCAGGAGGUCAAACUGUCCAUUGAGGGACGCUCUAAUGCAGGGAAGUAGCAUCAUCAUCAUUUGGUAGCAACUAUGGAGGAGACCUGCUGUUGGUGUCAUGACAAGGAGAGGGAAAAAAAAGAGAAUGUAGCUUGAGAAUGUUUAAGAUUUUUGCACAUCCAACUCGAAAAAAAAUCUUGUUCAGGCUCUGUGUCGCUCAGCAGAAAAGAAAACUUUGAAGUUUCCCACGAUGCUGAAUUGCUAAGUAGGUUUGUUCUCUCUGUCACCACUUCCUCAUUUGGAACGCCCUCAUUUCCUGCUGGGACAAGCCUUCAACGACACCAGAUUGCAUUUGGAGCCCUAUAAUCUCUUAUCCAUUCCUGAGAUUGUGUCUCUUCAUUGAAAUGCAUUGAUCUUAAAGAAACAAGGACAUAUAUGUUGUUUGGGGCUAGCUGUCAGCAUAUGUUACAUGAUGAUGACAAAGCGUCCCACUUGUCUUACAAUCCAACUAGUGAGGAAACAAUCAGUGUCUUUACACACACUCUUUUGUCCACUAACCCUCUUGUGUGUUUGCAUUAGUACAACAGACUGGAAUAAGGGCUUUGGUCUCUAAAGCAGGGGUAGCUACCUGUAGCUAGCCAAAGGGUCAAAGAAUUACGUACAUUGACAACAAUAAAACCUCGUUUUUUUCCCUUAGAAAGCCAUUCUAAAAAGUCCAACAACAAACCAGAUGAAUUUUUCCCAUAAGAAAUCAUCUAAAUCCAUUUAAUCCCUUCCCAAAAAAUAAGGCUGUCAAAUGAUUAAAAUUUUUAAUCAGAUUAAUUGGGUUUUCUAAUUAUAUUGUGCUUAAUCGCCAUAUUCAAGUGUAUUUUAUUACCAGAAAGACAAAAAGAAUUAUAUAUAUUUGAUAUAUUGUAUGUUUAUUAACAGCUCAGCCGUGGUGUAGUGGUUAGCAUUCCGGACUUUGGUUCUAAUCUCCACUAGUAAGCAUCAUUGGUAUUCGUCGGGAAGGGGAUCCGGAAUAUAUAGUGUAUAUAUAUAUAAAUAUAUAUAUAUAGUAUAUCAAGCUAAAAAAUUGUACACACCAUAACAUAAUUUGUCUGGAAUUAUUUAGAACAGUAGUCAUUUUCGAAGACGGUACAGUCAGAAUAAAGGAAGAGAUCCCACAUGUUUAUUCUAUACAAAUUGUGCCUACACAAAUUUUGUGUUACUCUGAUGUCCGGUUGUGUUAUUUACGAAUACACCUCAAAGGAGUUAGAAGGAGAAUCCCACUCCAUAAGGUCUUGUCAACAUCUUCCAUCGUUAACAUAUCGUUGAUGCAAACACUCAAUUCAAUAGCGUUUGUCAAUUUCCUUAAAGUGCUGCACAUUGCAACUAUUUUUGGCCCCGUGUUGGGUGACAUAGCAGUCGUACUUAAUUUAAAAAGAAACAUACCGACUGAGUCACCAAUGUGUGGGGUGAUUGUUUGGGCGCUCAAGAUGUGGGCAAACGGAAUGGCCUGUUACAAUGUUUGACUGCACCAAAUUACCGAGGAAAUUGUUGUGGAAUUGUACCAAAAUAUAGCUUGACUGAGUUUGUUUUGAAAAUGAGUCAGAAAGUCUGUCCGUGGUUGCUUGCCAUCGUUUGGCUGCUGUUACCUUUUCUUUUCACAGUUUAGAAGGGAGAUAACAUUUUCCAAAGUUUGCGUGUUUAGCCAACUUGAGUUGAAAAGCAAAAAUUGGUGCCUAAGAUGUAUAGAUAAAAUAUCUUAGGUUCCCUGCUGUUUUUUUUUUUUUAAAUCACGUCAAUGUUACUAUCAGUGGGAAAAGGUUGUGGACCCCUGCUCUAGAGAGUCAUUGCAUUCCAGUAUGAUUAGUAAACCAACAGAGAUGCAGCUUUUCUCCUCUCCAAUGCACUGGUGAGCAUAGGAUGUCACAAACGGGGACUUUGCUCACCUACCAAAAUGUAAGCAAUAGUACCCUCACACCCCCCCAAAAAAAGCCACAUUUAAAGGUGAUUGCACUAUUUCCAUCCAAGUCAAAGAGCCACCAAACAUCAUCUUACACUGAGACCUUUCUUCUUGUUUGCCGCUCGGUCCGUUUUCUUCUUCGCUUCAUUCACUCACAAAGGGAAUAGGUUUUGGUUCUUGCAUUUGUAUGUUUACAAAUAAGCCAAGAUGAAUGCUGCGCUUUCCUCACUGAUAACAAGAAGUGCAAUUAGAUCACACGCAUUGAAUCAUUUGGUCUGGAAUCAGGCGACACACACAUUCCCACUGAAACCGUUUUUUAGGAUUGUUUUAUGUUUUUGUUUUAGUGUCUGUUUGGCUGGUGUGGUUUGAGAGAAAUGUGUGUCAUGUGACAUCCACCGAUAUAAUCACGUCACCGUUUUCACGCUGUAAGCACUAUUAUAGCGUUGUCUUCUAUGCAGUAAAUGCUCAGCUCAUUGUGUUCCCAAUAUUUGGACUUUUUUUUUUUUUUUUUUCUUAGAUGUUACCUCUCGCUCAGCAGGGGGCCCUUGUGUUGAGUACUUGCACUAAAUGUCUCCUCUUUGUCGGCAGUGUUGUCGCUUUAACUUGAAAAGUCACAACAACAGGAAGUUCCAGUUGUGUGUGAUUGUGUGUACUUGUGUCGUUUUGACCACGCUUGUUUGAUGCCUUAACUUCUGCUUUGUAUAAGGGGAAUUGGGGGGGGGUUGUAUUAGAGCCUGACACUGCAUCGACUAAAGUUUUGGGACACCUUAACCCACCUUAACACUUAACUUUAAGUGCCAAGGUCAAUAUGGCGCCACGUGUAGUCAGUACUUUACACCAGGAGAUGGCGGACAUUUGUAACUUCAAUUUGAGUAAUAUUUUUCGGCAUUUCUAUGCAACGGGGACGUGGCAGGUUGUCAAAACACCGCUAACAGGGAGGGGGGUUUGCAGAAAUGUCUUAAAACAAACAAACAAACACGGAAAUAGCAGCAUAGGCAAAAAAAGCCACUGUGCUAAUAGAUAAAUAUGACCUGAAAAUACAAUGGCCUGGAUGAAUUUGAUUAUUCACCGGCAUAAUGUACUGAUACAUUAUAGCUAUGAAAUAAUGGCGCUGCAGUGGCGUUCAAGAUCCUGCUGUAAAAAAAAAAAAUACAAUGAUGAUGGCUGGGUUUGCUUGAGACAUGAGGGAGGGUAUCACAAGUGGAUGAGACGGUAUCGUGGGGACAGGGACAGUUUAGUGACGUCAUACUAUGCACAUUAGAUGUGGGAAUGCACUCCCCAUCUUAAACUUUGUGUCAUACUGAUGAUUUUUUUCAAAUUAUCAAUUUUCAAGCUACAACAUUUUGAAAUAGUAACGUCAAAAAUGGAAGAAAAAAAAAACACCUAAAGGGUUGAAGGUGUUUGACCAUGUCAAGGUGGCGUCAAGUCGUCCCCAAACCGGCCAUGAUGUCUUGCUAAGAUGGAGAUUUGAGAUUCAACUCAUCAAGCCCCGCCUCGUAUUGAUUACUUUAUUGAUUGAGGGGUUGUGUCCCAAUACUUCUGUCCAUAGCGCAUAUGUUCAUGUCUUUAAUUCCCACGAGGAAAUCAGCACUGAAGUAAAAACAGUGUGUGCUGAUGUUUCGUGUACUUGUUGUCAUCCAGCAAAAACGUCAGUGACGGGCUGGUCGCUAAAAUCGUUGAAUGAAUGGGGUGUGGUGAUCUACUUCCUGUCGUUUGACCCUGUCUUCAUUUGAACGGGUUAAUUAUUUUUAUUCUUUAAAUGACGACAACAAAAUAGAACGGUUUCAAGUUUUAAUGAAGUCGGCUUUGUGUAUUUUUCCCGUUUUGAUGGAUUUCUUGUACUUUUUGGGGGCAAAAUACGACACUGCUUUUUAUGUUGAACUGAAAGACAGAAAAGAUGGAACAAAAAAAAAUUCUCCCGAAAUGCCUAAAUCUGCAAACUAUAUGCAAAGAUGUAAAUGUAACAUUGAAUCCUCAAGUAUAAUCCAGGUUGUAUGGACUUUGUAUAGUGAGUUUUAAUGUCGUACCAAUAUGUAUUGAUCUUUUAUCAGAAGCCUUAUAGAGUUGUCCACCCAAAGUGCACCCUUAGACCUUUACCCCCUACACCUACCUGAAUUUAACAAAGCAUUAAUAUUUCUAUUUUGUUGCUUUUGCUUUUUUUAUUAUUUGUACCCCUUUUGGAUAAAUUAGAUUUGUACUGUAUAUUUGUACCUCUCUGUGAACUACUUUAGGGCCGUUUUGUUAUUUUGUUGUGUUAUUUGUUUGGCUGUUUUCUAUGUUCUAUGUACUUUCAAGGACACAAAGAUAUUGUAUUUUUAUUGUUACAGCUAACUUGGAGACGUUGCAUUUAUCAUGUUCUGUCCACACAAUAUAAUAUAUAUAUAUAUAUAUAUAA